AUGGUGUACAGCUUAAAUGACCGGCAUUUUGUGACCUGGGAGCAUACCCGGGUCAUGUUAAUGUUCCUCCGCUGCCUUCCAUUCUCCUACUCCGGCGGCCUUUUGGAGCGGGUCUCCGGCUGUUGGCGCGAUGUCUGGUUUCGCCCGGAUCCCACCCAGCCGGACGGUCUUCGGCGGUGCGAGGGGCUGGGCUUCCAGCGGAAUAUGCAGCAAUUUGGGUACGGCUGGUUCCUGGAGAAGAUAGAUUGGGAGAUGAUGGUGUUCCGACAGCCGGCCACGCAAUACAUCCAAUUCAACAACCCGUCGCUCCAAGCCGCGUACCACGCGCGUUAUUCCCAGGUGCGGGAUGUUCGCACGGACUUCAUUCGCAUCAGCCAGAUCCACCAGUGGAUGACCGAGUUUAGCAGUAUUCCUACCUGCCAAGACUAUCUGCAGAAAUAUCUGCGGCAGCUGUGUUUGCGGGCCUUUCGCAAGGAUGUUUUUACGCAGAUCAAACGGCUUCUAAAGCCUGAAUCCGUAAGCGCAGCGUUAGCGGGAGAGAUCCCGCUCUGCUGGCCGAGUCUCGAAGGCGCGCUGCAGACCCAACACUGUCCGCCCUAUAUUGCGUCGGGGAACCGCAUGGCGGUCAAACAUAUUAAUGUCCUUUUUACAUGGCUAUGGGAGUGGCGCGAUGGCCGAUUCGAACGAAAAGGAUGGGAUCACAAGCCCUACCGACUUCUUUAUCAAAAGAGCUUCGAGGUGAUUACCCUGAUCCAAGGCAAGGACGCCGCUCGUCAGUGGAAACAGGGUCUAAAAGAUUCCUUUAUUCAGAGCCAUUGGAUGCUUCCCUAUCCUCAGAACAAUAGCUUCAUGCGAAAGUCUAAGGAGAGUGGCCAGGUGAUGUGGUGGUCCAGCGUGCAUCGCGGGAUGGAUCUGUACUACCACGAGCUGAAUAUGUUUGACCGCCCCUUUCCGGCGUCCUAUAUCAAGCAUCAUCCGACGACCGGUUGGAGCCCAUCGCAGCCCUCUCUCGCCCAUCUUGACUAUACAAUUGAACCUGAACAGCGCCUUCUGCAUCUAUCAGAUCCCGAGCUCUAUCAGACCCUACGCGACCUACAGAGCCAAUGGACGUCGCCAGAUAGGCCGCCCCAACGACCGGUACACCAAUCUUCGCGAGUAAUUUUUGAGAAUCAGGAGCGGAUCCAGAAUCCAUUUGAUCCGAUCACUGGUCCGGUUGAGACAUGGUCGAUCUCCGCGUGUAGCCGGAAGCUCCAUCCCGCUCUAUAUAAAUAUGAGAUUCUUCACCACCGUCGGCAGUGCGUCCAGCGUCGUCGCCAUCCCUCCUCCUACCCGGACUAUUACUCUGACACUGAGCCCGAGCCUCCGGCCGAAAAUGAUGAGCAAACCUCCGAUGAAGAGGGAAUCGAACCGCAGAAAGCCCGGCUGAUCCAGUAUAUUCAGCAGAUCGAGAAGCGGAUGUACGAACUCAUCUGUCGCGAUCGUAAGCAAUAUAAUCGACCUCGCCUGGACGAAGGCACGAUUAAGGCUUUUGCUCCUCAAUUACGCCGACUGCCUGCACAUGAUUUUUCACUCUUACUAUUACUGCAGAUUCCUGCAGAGGUAAUCAAAGAGGAAAAAGAGAACCGGAAACGACAAAAGCCAUACGCAUGGAUCCGCCCCUUGUAA